AUGGAGAUAUGGCAUGGGGAUUUUCAUGAUGAAGAAUUCUUCCGCAAGCUUAGAGUUCUUGAGCUUCGUCAUCUUUCCAAGGAAUCUGCAACAUCCACGAGUCGUUUUAUUGAGAGUUUAGCCAACUUGGAAGAGCUAGUCAUACGUGAAUCUUAUCUGGAAGAGCCAAGUAGCAAUGUGGAAGCCAUGGAAGGCCCUAGUCAAGAGCAAAAAGUAAUAUUACCCUUUUCAAGACAAAUUAAACAUUUGAAGGCUCUAAAUCUAUCAGAUUGUGAUGGGUUAUCAAGUAUGUUUACACCGACAAUAGCUGAAAAUUUGGUGGCUCUCGCAAAAUUGAGGAUAAGUAAUUGCAGAAUAUUGACAGAAGUAAUAUGUGAUAAGGGAAGCAAGGAGGGGCAUGAAGUGGCUUUCCAUCAUUUGAAGUGUAUGGAGCUUGAUGGGUUGAUAGAGUUGAAAUGUUUCAGCUUAGGUGGAUGCGCUUUGAGUUUCCCUCUCUUGGAAGACGUCAUUGUGAAUGGAUGUCCCAACAUGAAGUUCUUCUCCGAGGGGUCAAUAGAGGCCCCAAAGCUGAAGAGAGUAAAAGUUGAUAUGACGGAACAGUAUGGACCAACAAAGUACCAGUAUUUUUGGAAGGAAAACCUCAACAUGACCAUCCAAAAUAUAUCUAAAGAAAUGGCUACGGUUGCUAAGGCUGAGUUUGUGCGGCUGUUUGAGUUCCCCGAGCUCAUUGGAAAGUGGCACCACGAACAUAAUCCCGUCAAUUCAUCUUGGCAAUUAAAAACCCUGGUGGUGGAUAAAUGUCCAUCAUUUAUUAACGCUAUGCCAUCCAAAUUGAUGCUUAUUUUAGAGAAAAUGACAAGCUUGCAAGUGCAUGCUUGCGAGUCUUUGGAAGAAAUAUUUGAUCUUGAAGGGCUUGAGCCUAUGGAAAGCACUUGGGUGCUACCUUGUUUACAGUAUUUGCACUUCAUCAAUCUACCAAAGUUGAGACAACUAUGGAACAAAGAUCUUCAAGGAAUGAUGCGCUUCAAUGCUCUAUCUUCUCUGACUAUUUAUAAAUGCAGCAACUUGAGACAUGCUUUCACUUCAUCGAUGGCUCGGUGCCUUGCCAAUCUAUAUGAUAUGGAAAUAAGGGAGUGUGAUCGGAUGGAAGGAGUGAUCGAUGAGGAAGAAGGGCGGGGAAGCACAGUCGAGAAGAUUACAUUCCCGAGGCUCAAUUGGAUGAUACUGGAAUGCUUGCCCAAUUUGACUAGUUUUCUAUCGGGAAAGAAUCAUGCGCUGGAUUGUCCCAAAAUAGAAUCUUUGAUCAUUGUCCACUGCCCCAAAAUGAGAAGUUUGACUUGGCAGCCUUCAAUGGAUAUCGACCAUGGCACCGCUUCACUUUUCACUCCACGGGUACAAUUUCUUGGGCUCAAGCAGAUGGUUCUCCGUCACAUGGACAAUUUAAGCAAAAUAUGGCCCGACAAUCCUCUAGAAUCUCUUACUUUUGACUCUCUUCGGAAUGUAGGGGUUCAAAAUUGCGAUAGCCUUGAAAAUCUGUUUCCGCAUUGGGUGGCUACAAGUCUAACCCAACUUGAGGGGCUUCAAGUGGAGUCUUGUAGGAUCGAGGAGAUAGUCGCUAAUGGAGAUGACAAUCCACACUCCAAUAUUGCUCAAGUUCUUUUUCCGAAACUAACCUCUUUGGUGUUACAUGAUAUGCCACGACUCAAGACCUUCUGCCCUAACUUGCCCACUUUGAAUUGGCAAUUCUUGAAGGAGUCGCGAGUGACUCACUGUGAUAAAGUGAACAUGUUGUGUUUUGCGGCAUCCAUGAGCAAGUGGACUCAGAAGGAUGAUAAACAAGACCUUUCAAACCAAGAAGCGCACUCUUCAUUUGAGAGGGACUUUCCCAACUUAGAAAGACUUUUACUAGUCGAAAAGGAUAUUCAUAUGAUGCGGGAUGGAAUAUUUGAAGAUGACAUUUGUGCCAAGUCAAAAGCACUAACAUUAGCAUGUUUUCAUGAUGAAAAGGCCGUCUUUCCACCUAGAUUCCUCCUAGAGAGAUUUCAGAACCUAGAAAGCCUUGAAGUGUUUUGUAGUUCCUUUGAAGAUAUAUUCCCCGACAAAAGAUUUGUUGAUGAGGGAAAACAACCGGUGCUUGAAAAUUUAAGAGAAUUUAAGUUAAGCAAGCUACACAACUUAAAGCGUUUGUGGAGAGAAGACCAUUUAGUAGCCAAAAUUCUUCAAAAGAUCGAAACACUUGAGGUUUUGGAUUGUCCCGGUUUGACGAUGCUAUUUCCAGUAGUGACAUCCUUCCAUAAUUUGACGAAGCUAGUAGUGAAAAAUUCUUCCGAAUUGGUACAUCUAGGGACAGUUUCGACGAUCACAAGUUUGGUGCAUCUUAAGGAGAUGACUAUAGAAGGAUGUGAAAAAAUGAAAGAAGUAGUGGCGAACGAUGAAAACGGAGAAGGAAAAGUGGUUUCUUUUGGAAAGCUAGAACGGUUGACACUUCAAAAUCUGCCAAGCCUAGAAUGCUUCUCCUCCGCCGCAAGUUGUAGCUUCAGGUUUCCAUCCUUGGGGUGGAUUGAAGUGGAAGAGUGCCCCAAAAUGAACAUCUUUUCCAAGGGUGACCUAAGCACGCCAAAGCUAGGGUUGGGGAGAUUGUUCGCAUACUGGUGGGAUUUGCAGUGGAACGGUGACCUCAAUAAGGCCAUACAAAAGUUGUCGGCAUAA